CUCUGUUCGCACGUCCUAUCGUCAUUGGACGACUCUUGUUUCCUGUCCUGCUGUUUACUAUCCACGAGUGAUAAAUGAUUCGAGCUACGACGAUAUAUGAAUACUUGAAUUUUUUAAAAUUUCCUCUGCGAAAGGGGAUAAAUUUCUAGCAUUAAAAAUAGAUUGAUUUUGUGCGACCGACCAAAUUAUUCACUGUUUCCACAUCAAUCAGGAAGGAGAGAGAAAGAGAGAGAGAGAGAGAGAGAGAGAGAGAGAGAAGAAGAGAAAUGGGAACCGGAACUAAAAAAGCGACUUCACGCGGGAUCAUUAGCGUAUCAGCUGAUCGCCAUUUAAUUCGAAUAAAUUGAGGGGGAGUUGAGUCAAACCUUGCAUGAGGAUACAUCCAAGACGAGGAAUGAAAGUACGAAGUGACAGUGCGAGAUUUAAAGUGGCAGUCAGCAUUUUAUAUAGUCUUCCGAUAUCGCCAUUGGAUUAUGCUACCUCUCAAUUAUCUCAGCAGACUCCCUUUUAAUAUGUGAGAUGUUGCCGAUUAUCUGCUGCUGAUGAUAAGAUCGACUUAGUCCGGCAGUUGAAGAAAGUCGUUUUUUCUCUGUCACGCUCGUUCCGGCAUCAAGUCGACUUAUCGGUAAUUGUACGUCACUGAUAUCGUCAUCGAUGACACGUCCACACGUGUACAAAUAUGUCUACGCGGUGUAAUUAGUGUUGAUUCUUCUCACCGUCUUGGAGGAUUCGUUGUGACUAUCACUGCCUCUUUUGCUGGGAUUAGAAUUAUUUAACUAAGAAGUAUUUCAUUCAUGCAAUCAUGUUGAAGGCUGUUAUUUUAAUCGGAGGACCUUUAAAAGGAACUAGAUUUAGACCUUUAUCCUUGGAUAUCCCAAAACCACUGUUUCCAGUAGCUGGAUUACCCAUGAUUCAACAUCACAUUGAAGCUUGUACCAAAGUGCCUGGUCUUAAUGAAGUGCUAAUAAUUGGAGCAUAUCCCAAAAAUGACCUAACUCAAUUCGUACAGGAGAUGUCAAAUAUCUAUGGCAUAAUUAUUAGAUAUCUGCAGGAAUUCACACCCCUUGGAACUGCAGGGGGCAUGUAUCACUUUCGUGAUCAGAUACGAUCGGGCAGCCCAACAUACUUUUUUGUCAUGAACGGAGAUGUCUGUGCCGAUUUUCCUCUGCAAGAGAUGGUGGAGUUUCACAGUAGCAAACAGGCACUACUUACAAUCAUGGCAACAGAAGCAACUCGACAACAAUCAUUAAACUAUGGAUGCAUGGUAUUGGGGAAAGAGGGUCAGGUGGCACAUUAUGUGGAGAAGCCGUCUACAUUUGUAUCGACUCUUAUUAACUGUGGAAUAUAUCUUGCAUCUCCAGAAAUUUUUCAAACGAUGGCAGACGUCUUUCAUGCUAAUCAGCAGCAGGAUCAUAUAAUGCAACUAUGCUAUAAUGGUAGAGAUCCGGCGCAUAUUGCGUUUGAGCAAGACAUAUUGACGCGUUUGGCAGGAUCCGGCCGCUUAUUCGCUCUGCCUGUACUCAGAUGGUGGUCGCAAGUGAAAACCGCGGGCUCCGCGAUAUACGCCAAUCGACAUUACUUGGCUCUUUACAAGCAAAAGCAACCAAAUCGCCUUGCUUCUACAAGCAAUAAUUUCUGUAACAUUAUAGGAGAUGUCUAUAUUCAUCCAUCGGCUACUGUACAUCCAACUUCAGUGCUAGGUCCAAAUGUGAGUAUAGGCCCAAAUACAAUCAUCGGGCCUGGUGUGAGAAUCAGGGAAUCAAUCGUAUUGGCUAAUGCACACAUACAAGCUCAUUCUCUUAUUCUACAAAGCAUCAUUGGAACAGGAACCAGCGUAGGCGAAUGGGCACGUGUCGAGGGAACCCCUUGCGAUCCCAAUCCUAAUAAGCCAUUUGCAAAAAUGGAAAAUUUGCCACUGUUCAACGUUAAUGGCAAGCUCAAUCCGUCCAUCACGAUACUUGGCACUAGUGUGAGCUUAGCUGCAGAGAAAAUUCUUCUGAACUCGAUUGUUUUACCACAUAAGGAACUUACGCGAAAUUACAAGAACGAAAUUAUUCUUUAAUUAGUUAAUAUUUAUUGCGAGACUAUAUAUUAAUGGUUCAUUAUGAAAGACUUGCACAAAUGAUAAAAUGUUAAGUAUAUACAACGUAAUUUUUGAAAAUUUUUGUUGAAUUAUGAUCAUAAAGCUUUUAAUAAUUUUGUAAUAUAUAAUAUAAAAUUUUUAUAUACCUUGUAUAUUGUGAUUAUAAUUAUGUACAGGAGCAAUGUCAAUGCACAAAAUUUUUACAAUAUACAGACUUGUACAUAUCAUGUUCAUUUGUAUAUGAAAGACAACAUACACACACACA